AUGUCCGGUUUGUGGAAAAAAAUUCGUUGGAAUUCCCAUCUGAUGAUACACCAGAAGACUCACACAGGAGAGAAACCAUAUGAAUGUCCAGAUUAUAGAAAAAAAUUCAGUCGAAAUUCCAGCCUGGCAAUACACCAGAGGACUCACACAGGAGAGAAAGCAUAUGAGUGUCUAGAUUGUGGGAAAAGCUUCAGUCAGAAUUCUCAUCUGAUGACACACAAGAAGCUUAACAAACGGGAGAAACCAUAUGAGUGUACGGAUUGCAGGAAAAGUUUCUUUCGGAAUUCAGACCUGGUGAUACACCAGAGAAGUCACACAGGAGAGAAACCAUAUGAGUGUCCAGAUUGUGGGAAAGAUUUUAGCACUAGGUCUAGUCUUAUAAAUCAUGUAGGUAUACAUACAGGAGAGAAACCAUUCAAAUGCCUGGAUUGUGGACGAUGUUUCACAAAAAAUUCCCCCCUUACUGCACACAAGAAAAUUCACAUGAUGCAGGAGAUGAUAAGUUUAGAGAAAUCUUGAAAUUCAUUUCUAGUAUCCUAUCACGGUGGCUCAGGGGCUAAGACAGCUGAGCUUGUUGAUCGAAAGGUCAGCAGUUCGGUGGUUCGGAUCCCUA